GCGAUUAAAUUUAAUUAUAGUACAUACAUUUCAAAUAAGCUAGUUAAAUGUUCUGAUUAUUACUAAGUCAUAAGUUCUAGUUAAAUUAAGGAUAAAUAUUUUAAAAGUGAUAAAUUAAAUUGAACCAGUGAUGCAUUCAAAGAAGCACAUAAUUAACAUAUUUGUGAUAUUCAUCUAUGCAAUAAUAGGCCUAUCAAAUGCUGAAGAAGGCGAGGAGAGUGAAGAAUUACAAAGAAAAGUAGAAGAACUAUCUUUAGUACCCGAUGAUAAGGUAUUUAUCCAUUCCGUUAAUGAUUCAAGAAUGGUAACAUGUAUUGGAAAUGAUGUAAAAUGGAGAAGUGCAAAUGGAAGUUAUGUAGAUACUUAUAAUCAAAUGGAACGAAUACAUGUUGAGGAUUUCAGUUCGCCCUUUAGCGAUAAUCAACAAUUGAGAUUAAUUUUUAAGGAAAUUUAUGAAAUGGAUCAUGGGGAUUGGUCAUGUGUUGGAAUAUAUGAGGAAAAGUCGUUUACGUUAUUUGUCUAUGUUCCAGUUGAAUUUGUGCCAGUGCAGCAAUCGAUAACAGUCAAUGAACUUCAAAAUGUAAAAUUAAGUUGUGAAGCUCUUGGAAGACCGGCACCAGAAAUCAGUUGGAUGUUUAAUGGAAUACGAAUAGCUGAUACAGACGAAUCAACUUCAGAAAGUCGUCACAUACAGCUUUCAGACGGACUCUAUAUUAAGAACGUAACUAGAAAAGAUGCGGGAGACUAUACAUGCAAAGCAUUCCAACUAUCCUCAAAGCUGUCAUAUUUCAAAGAUCAGACAAUUCAACUUGAUGUUAAGUUUAAACCAGAAAUAUUGAAUACACAACGGACACUUUCAAAUGGAUUGUAUAAUUCAUCAUCGGGAAUCACUACAAAAUAUACAUUUUUAAAUGCUUCAGUAAUUCUGACAUGCGAAGUAAAUGGAGAUCCACAGCCUAAAAUUCUCUGGUAUCAUCGAGGAAAAUUGGUACACAAAAGUAACAUUGAACAUAAAAAUAACUUAUCAACUUUAAAAAUCCAUAUCCAUUCCAACAAAAGCUUUGAUGACUACAAAUGUGUAGCAAAAAAUGAUUUAGGUGACGCUGUAUCAUUAUUCACAGUAAAACCAGGAAUUAGACCUGAACCACCAACAAAACUAAAAUUGAUUGGAACUGGUGAUCAAGUCAUUGAUCUUGAUAUAGGAGCUAAGCAACCAAAUUUAACUGCAGAUAUUUUUGCAAUCACUAAGUAUAGAUUUGAAGUUAUGAGCAAGGAUGAUUAUGAUUAUGAGGGAGAUUGGAAAAACUACAAUAUAACAGAUGUUGAGGCACGAAGUAAUGUCACAUACUUGAUCACACAAUUAGCACCAAAUACAACUUAUUUAGUUCGGGUUGCAUCCAUAAAUCUUGUUGGAUUAAGUGAACGAACUGAAAUGCAAGAAUUCACAACUCUUGCUGAGGCGCCAAGAAAGACACAAAAUGAACCUGAUUCUGCUGUACAGAAUUUUUCAGGCUUUGGACUUGUGAUGCUGGGAGUUUUGUUAAAUUUGAUGUAUUAAUGCACUUACAGAUGAAUUUAGAUUAAUUAAAACAAGAUCAUUUAAAGUGGAUAUAAAUAAUUUGAUCAUGUAAUGCAAACAUUUCAACUAGUCAGAUGUCUGUUAACAAUUAUCUCGUUCAUAAGUAAUUUACUGAGUUGCACAUGAGCCCAACAAUAAUAAUAAAUUUACCGACUUUAAAUGUAUUACAUUGUUAUUAGCAAAGUAGCGACUGUAAAAUCUGUAUUGACUAUGAAUCAAUCCUCAUUGCACUUUACAUGCUGCUUACCGCAUGACCUUGAUAAUGAAACUAAAAACUUGUUUUCUGUAGGAACUUUAUGCUGAGCAAUAAAC